AUGGGAGUGGGGGAGAAGAAAGUGCAUACCAAGGGUAAUAAUCUCUUCAGCGACUGCAGGAAUGACAUCAGGUCCAGAGACGGCCAUGUUGAGAGCUCUACCACCAGUGGAAGUACACCUCAGUCUGAAUGUCGAUGUUCCUGCCUCCACCUCAAUAGUUGCAGUUACCUCAGUGACUGGAGGAGGAGAACAAUCUCUCACUAUAUAUACACCAUGAGAGAUGGCCACUCACUGGGGUAGAGGACGUA